AUGGAAUCAUGGUUUUGGAUUCUUGGUUGGAUUCUAUCUAUCCUGACAAUUGCUGGAAAUGGAUUCAUCAUUUUCCUUGUGUGCAAUAAAAGGCAGCUCCGCACCAAAACUAACGCCUUCAUCGUCUCGCUUGCAGUGGCGGAUUUCAGUGUUGGAGCGAGUGUCGUUCCCUUCUUCUUCGUUUGUGAUAUGGAAGGAAGCUGCCGCGAUUGGCCUGCACCGGUUCCAUUGUGUACAUAUGUCAUAAGAUGGCUUUUUGGAUACGCGUCUGUGAUUAAUUUGUGCGGUUUAGUACUUGAACGCUACAUCGCCGUCGUCAAACCCUUUAAAUAUCUGACUGUUAUGACCAACUGCCGAGUUAUUCAAAUGAUCAUCUUUUCAUGGGCAAUCCCUUUAGUUUUUGUCAUCGUUCUGCUAUUCAUGGUUAUGUAUAACGUUUCAAUUUCUAUGUUUAUAAAUCUGUUUACACUUUUGGUGGAGUUUGUUUCAUGUUCUGUUAUAACUUUCUGCUUCGUCGCCAUGUUACGUGUUGUCUAUAAGCAAGACCGAGUGCCAACUAGCUUAGGAAAAGUGAGUCGUUUUAGCCAACAUCGCGACAAGUCUGCUAUUGUAAUGAUGACAAUUGUUGUAGCUUUGUUUCUUAUUUGCUAUAGCCUUUAUCUGCGCUGUAGUUUUGCAGGACUUCUAAACUUACCGUGUGAUGAUUUGAGUUAUAAAAUACCUCUGUUGAUUUUAAACUCCGCCAUUAAUCCUUGGGCGUAUGCUCUUUUCAAGAGGGACAUAAGGACAAUGGUUAAAAGACUGAUCUGUAGAGAAACUUCCAGGAACAAUAACAGUGUAAUGCCUAUUAUUUUAGCCAAUCGUUCUGCCGUAGGAACUCAAGUUGGCCUGACUUAGUAAAAUACUUCCGCCUUGCUCUUAUGAAGCUAACAGGAUUUGAAAUGGCUUUACAAAUAACAAGUGAGCGUCGUCUUUUUUAGAAAAGAGCGAAUGGAAUUCGAAAGUACGGGCAAAACUUUAACCCACUAAAUGAUGUACGUAGACGGUGAUGAGAAGGGGAUAUCACGAAGGAACUAGCCCGUUAGAGCAGCUGGUUGUGCACAUAGGUAGCUGGACCUUGUAGAUUUUAGUAUUUUCGUAUGAAGAGCGGGUUUGUGGAUAUGUUUUUACACUAAUUUUUCGGAAAAGACAGAACGCUUGAAGAUUAUAUCGAAGUUAUCGUUUAGAGAGAAGAAGCGUUAUCGUAAUUUUCUAGUGGGAAUAAAUUCUUAUCAUUGUUAAUUAAUAUUGGAAAAACUUGGUCUUGUGAGGUUUGCAUAUCAGUGAACCUCGGCUGUCUUAUUCCCCUGGUUCCCAGGCCUUUGAGUCACGUAGUUGAGCAGCCUUAUAGAACUCUACAAAGGCCUGGUUAACAGCUCGGCAGAAGCAAAACAACUGCUGAUUCCUCUUAAAGAAACUUUCAGGGACGUUAAAUCUGCAGCUUCUGUUUAACCUGGGCUACAAAUCAGUAACAAGCUUAUGCAGCUAUGCUAAAUUCUACAUUGCUGUAAAGAAGCGUUGAAAGAAAAUAUUGAACUUUUAGUCAGCUGUGUUAAUUGACACGAAUAUAUAACUGUCACGACUUUUUAUUACCUUUGUCUUAGUUCCGCCAUUUUAAUUUUAUCUGAGCAUGAUAUAUUUUUUCAUGUGUAUAUAUAAGUCUAUUUCUUAUAUAUCCCGUAACGGCUAACUUUGGAAUAAAACUACGAAAUUAAAGUGAUCGCAGAUAUAACCACGGAUAGGGAAUUGUCUUCCAUUUUUUAAAAAAAAAUCAUUAACAAUUUAUGAGGAGAAAAAGAAAAUCCACGUCCGCGAAUGAGUUUGAAAGUCACAUGAACUAAAUGAUCACAAUUAUAGUCAUAACUAUAACAAAAUUCUCAAAAAUGGCUUGACCACCUGCUACUUAUGACGUCAUAUUUCGUAACCAUGGUAACUGAUCAUCACUAAGCUUAUCUCAAAAUGCACGCAAGGGAUAAACGAACAGCUGCUGUAAACGUCGGGUGCUUAUGUUUGAUCUUCUAGGGAAAACUUAGAAAAACCUCAGAGGGGGGAGGCAUACACCCAUCAUGUAGGUCCGAGGGUUAAAAUUAAUAAAAAGGUUUUAUGAUAUGCGGGCGUCAUAAUUUCACUUAGACUAGUUUAUCUGAAGACGGAGAUUUGUUAUUCUUCUUGCCCCAGUUGGUUAAAACGUGGAUAAGGCUAUCCAUCGGAUAAUUCUUUAUCCUCUGGAUAGCGCAAUCGGUUUUCUUAAUACCUAUCCACUGUAUGGUGAUUUAUCUGACACCAAAAAUAUGCGGAUGACGAUAUCCACUGGAUCAAUCUCUACCCAGGGGAUAGUGCAAUUGGUUUUCCUAUUACUUAUCCUCUGGGUAGCGAUUUAUCCGACGGAUAGCACUAUCCAACGUUUGAACAACUGCUCCCUAGUAGAUAGCGCUAUGGCCAUCUUUUGAACAGUCAACCGGGACAAGUUUAGAAGCAGCACGAAUUUCAUUUUCCAUAAUUACGAAGUCCAAUGGACGAACUUUUCGGUUUUUUGUUUGCUUGUUUGUUUCUUUUCCUUGCUUUUUUUCGAUCUUCAAGUCUCCCGGCAUUAGUCAUCAGAAUUAACAAUAGUUGAAUCAUGACAAAAUGAGAGAGAGUGGCUUGUUGCGUUUGAUAACAGGUCGGAGCUUCAAGUCUCCACGAAUUUGCCUUUCGUUGAGUUAACUGAAGACAAGUUCAUUUAAAAGUAAAAUAGAACGAAGCUGAAAACGACCCAGCUAAUUGUUCUAAAUGCUUUUUGCGUUUUGUCACUUUACUGGCCUCAAUUGCCCCUAAAUCCCAUCUAAUGGCGACACAAGCCAUAAAGGGACGGGAAUUUCCACGCUUUGAAUAAAAGUUUAAUAUUUACUGUUGUCAUUCAACAAAGUUUUUAUCGCUCAAUUAAUGUCACUUAUUGAUUUCACAACAGGUGAAUCAAGAAAAAAUGAAACAGAGCGGCUAAUUUGCAUUUAAUAACAGGAUCCUGAAGACUCCAAAAAAUUGUUUUUCGUUGAGUUAAGCGUGAGUUCCUUUUAAACAGACCCUUCUAACUGGUCUAUUAUUAAAUAAAUGCUUUUGCUGUCCUACAGUCAACUUAGCAAUGUAUCAUAAAUUGACAUAUAUAUCAAAUGGCAUAUAUUAUGUUCUAAAGAUAAGGCGUAAACCUUACCAGAUGUUUAUAACAUAUCAUUACCUUUCUUUCCGAUCGAGGAGCUUAUAAAGCUUCCAGUUAAGGUUAUGUUCCACGAUCAUGACAUGGUAACUUUGAAUUUGAAUUUUUGGAUGAAGAAUCGGCGUUAACCUGGCGUUUACAGAUUUGUUGAUCCCAGUUACUAUUAGUCGCACCUCCUGCCUUUAACCAGAAAUAGCAGAAACUGUGUUUUUUUCCAUCAGCUCCAAGCUGAACGUAAGCUGAAGUUGUCCUGUUCUCUUCAAUGGAAACUUGGUUCACGAUUCUUGGUUGGACACUAUCCAUUGUGGCGGCGGCUGGAAAUGGCUCCAUUAUUUUUCUUGUUUGCAGCAAACGACGGCUUCUCACUAAAACCAACGCUUUUAUCAUUUCUCUUGCAGUAGCGGAUCUCGGUGUAGGGGCUAGCGUUUUCCCUUCAGAGUUUUUCUGCGAAAUCGUUAAAACUAGCCACAAUUCGUCUCCAAGAUGUAAGAAAAUCAAUCCGCUAAUACGAUGGCUGUUCGGCUACGCAUCUGUGACAAGCUUGUGCAGUUUAGUUCUGGAUCGUUACGUGGCGAUUGUUAAGCCUUUAAAGUAUCUAAAUUUUAUGAGCCGAGGUCGUGUUAUCCAAAUGAUUUUUGUUUCCUGGGCAAUCCCCGUGGGAUUUGUCAUAACUUCAUUUUUCUUACCUGCUCCAGUGAAGUGGACUUUUGUUGACAUAUUUACCAUCUUUUGGGUGUUUUUUUCAUGCUGUUUUCUAAUAUUCUGCUUUUCCUCUAUGAUACUUGUCGUAUAUAAACAUGAUAGAUCGUCAGCCACCUUAGCAAAACAGUUACGCUUCAACCACAGCGGUUUGACAGUCAGCAGUCAGGACAGAUCAGCAGUAACAAUGAUGGCGAUUGUAAUAGUCGUGUUUCUCGUCUGCUAUGGAAUAUAUUUGCGCUGCGGUUUAGUAGCACUUCUUUAUCAUCCCCGUUGUAAUGAUAGACUCUAUAAAAUACCCAUGUUAGUCCUGAAUUCUGCCAUCAACCCUUGGGUCUAUGCAUUCUUCAAGAGGGACAUAAAGAAGGAGAUGAUUAAGAAAUUGAUUUGCAGAAAAAAAUAG